AUGGAACCUCAUCAUUACCCGUAUUUUGUAUUAAUCCCUAAUGAUCAUUUAGAACAUGUAAUUAACAUUGGGGAUAUAUUUACAAUAAAGGAUUUACAUUUGGAUUGUAGAUUUAAAAAUUUAACGGACUGCGGUCCUAACAAUUCAUGGAUCAUCAAAAACUCUUCAAAUCUUUUAUCAGUGCAAGGGUCUGCACAAAUUCACCAUAUACUCUAUCGAGCAAAGGAAAAAGAGGCCGAAGGGAGAAUCAAUAAAAUUGGAAAUAGAUCAAGCAAGACAAAAAAAAUACACAGUUUAUGGGCCAGUUCUAAAAACUCAAGCAACGAAGCACACAUUAUCAGACAUCAAACAAAUUUCGAAUUUGAAAACAUUGAAGCUGGCCAAAAAAUACUAACUACGAUUAGAAGUGUUAAAAUUCCAAAUGGAGUAAAAGUCAACACUCACUUCAUCUUGCCUGGGAACUCAAAAUUUGGCACCAAGGACAUGAAAUUUUACAAAAGAAAAGCACACAUAAUUACAAAUCUAAAUCUAAAUUUAUAA